GACGGGAGCGAACGACAGAAGAUACGUGAAAAGUUGAGCGCGCGCCCGCGGACGAGGACGUCACGCAGUGAUACAAUGUAACCCGCAAGAAAACGCGCCCCAGUUCGUUACCCAGGUGACGGCAGCGCGCACUCGCGGAAGGUGGAAACGUUACGACAAACGGAAUUAUUGCCCUCCUUCCUAGCCAGCCAGGCGAUCGAUCGAAGCGCUGGCUCGUGGCGCACUUACAAUAAUAAGGAGAAGCCGGAAGGUUUUUGUGCCUGUUUCGCCAGGGCUGCAGGGUCCCCCCCGAGCGAGCCCGGCGCAGCUUCUGCGCGCCAACAAUAGGUGGCGCUCUCAAGCGGUAGGAAUUAAAGUUUGCAGGCCGGCGGUGGAGAGGGUUCGGGGCUACGCAGCGCUCGAGCUGUAGCCCUGCCCCGGGGCUCGGAACGCAACUUCGGACACCGGGGACCCGCCCGCUCCGCACUUUGUGUGUUUUUUUUUGUGUGAAUAAUUUACGUGCGUGGGUCGAGCGCCGGUCCGAGUCCCCGCGCUCGCUCUAUUUGAUCAGAUCCUGUGGUAAAAGAAUGCGGAUGCGGUCCCGCACCCUCACGCACGGCUCUCUGCCCACCGUGUGACGCGCGCCGCUCUGCGGGAUUAUGCGCGCCGCUGGGCGGUAGGUCCGCGGGCUUUGGAGCUCAGGAAUGCGGCUGGAAUGCGCCGCCCCUCGGACGGGUACAGUCUGUCUGCGACUGACGAGGGCCGGCUCGCGGUGCGCUGCUGCGCGUGCUGAUCGCUGCGGGUCCGAGAACGGCUGUGGCGCGCGUCCACGUCCGAACUGCCGUUGAUUAACCGCCUAAUCGGAACCCCGCGGGUUCAGGUCCGAUCUGAAGAGACUAAAAGAGAUUAAACGCACAGCAGCAGCAGGGGCGCGCUCUCAGUUUGCGCGCGCGCGCUCCCGUGUGUGUGUUUAUAAUCCUGUUUACACUACAGUGCGCGUUCCUCCUCGAGCUCGGGCAGGAUGUCUGAGAACGCGCCGACACGGAGCCUGGACGACAUCGACCUCGCGGCGCUGCGGGAUCCAGCCGGGAUCUUCGAGCUGGUGGAGGUGGUGGGCAAUGGCACCUACGGACAGGUGUACAAGGGCCGUCACGUGAAGACUGGUCAGCUGGCCGCCAUCAAGGUGAUGGAUGUGACGGAAGAGGAGGAGGAGGAGAUCAAGGCUGAGAUCAACAUGCUGAAGAAGUACAGUCAUCACCGCAACAUCGCCACCUACUAUGGUGCCUUUGUCAAGAAGAGCCCCCCGGGACACGAUGACCAGCUCUGGCUGGUGAUGGAGUUCUGCGGGGCUGGCUCUGUCACCGACCUGGUGAAGAACACCAAGGGCAACUCUCUGAAGGAGGACUGGAUCGCCUACAUCUGCAGGGAGAUCCUCAGGGGCCUGUCGCACCUCCAUGCCCACAAGGUUAUCCACAGGGACAUCAAGGGUCAGAACGUGCUGCUGACCGAAAAUGCUGAGGUCAAACUGGUGGAUUUUGGCGUGAGUGCCCAGCUUGACCGCACCGUGGGGCGGAGGAACACUUUCAUCGGAACGCCCUACUGGAUGGCGCCCGAGGUGAUCGCCUGCGAUGAGAACCCUGACUCCACCUACGACUACAGGAGCGACAUCUGGUCCCUGGGGAUCACGGCCAUAGAGAUGGCGGAAGGAGCUCCUCCUCUCUGUGACAUGCAUCCAAUGAGAGCACUCUUCUUGAUCCCCCGGAACCCGCCUCCCAAGCUGAAGUCCAAAAAAUGGUCCAAGAAGUUCAUCGACUUCAUCGAAGGUUGCCUGGUGAAGACGUACCCCAGCAGGCCCUCGACAGAGCAGCUGCUGAAACACCCCUUCAUCCGGGACCAGCCCACUGAGAGGCAGGUCCGCAUCCAGCUGAAAGACCACAUCGACCGCACCCGCAAGAAGAGAGGGGAGAAGGAGGAGACGGAGUACGAGUACAGUGGCAGCGACGAAGAGGAUGAGAACCGCGGUGACGAACGCGAGUCUAGCUCCAUCCUGAAUGUGCCGGGUGAGUCGACGCUGCGAAGGGACUUCUUGCGGCUGCAGCAGGAGAACAAGGAGCGCUCGGAGGCGCUCAAGAGGCAGCAGGCACAGUUGGCUGCGCAGCGCCGUGACCCCGAGGAGCACAAGCGUCAACUGUUGCAUGACCGGCAGAAGCGCAUCGAGGAGCAAAAGGAGCAGCGGCGCCGGCUAGAGGAGCAACAGAGGAAGGAGCGGGAGAUGGUGCGGCAGCAGGAGAAGGGUCCUCAUCGCUUACUGGACGAGCGGCGCAGGGAAGAGGACCGCAGGCUGGCCGAGAGGGAGCAGGAGUUCAUAAGGCAUAAGUUAGAGGAGGAGCAGCGGCAGCUGGAGAUCCUUCAGCAGCAGCUUCUACAGGAGCAAGCCCUCCUCAUGGAGUACAAACGCAAGCAGCUGGAGGAACAGCGGCAGUCGGAGCGUCUGCAGAGGCAGCUGCAGCAGGAGCACGCGUACCUUGUGUCUCUGCAGCAGCAGCAACAGCAGCAGCAGCAGCAGGACAAGAAGCCUCAGCUGUAUCACUACAACAAGAACUUGGAGCCCAACAACAAGCCUGCCUGGGCCCGUGAGGUGGAGGAGCGCAGUAAACUGAACAGACAGGGCUCCCCCAAGAUUUGCACCACAGUAUCUGACACAGCUAUCCAGUCACGGUCGGACUCUGUCAGCCAAUCAGGAGUGGCCCAGGCUGCCCAGACCCCGCCCAUGCAGCGGCCUGUCGAACCGCAGGGCGGACCGGGAAAGUUCCAAAUGGCCCACCUGGUGCCCCUGAAGCCGUACGCGGCCCCCGUCCCACGCUCCCAGUCGCUCUGCGACCAGCCCACUAAGACCAUGUCUGCCUUCCCCACCCAGGACCCUGCCCCCAGCCCCUCCCCCCGCUCCAUCCCCCCCAGGGAACUUGUGCGCCAAAACUCGGACCCCACCUCGGAAAGCCCCGCUCCUCAGCCCCGAGCAAUGAGAGAGGACCGUGCACCAUGGAUCCAGCUGCACGAAGCAGAUCAGCCUCCCAAGGUACCACAGAGAACGACUUCAAUCGCUGCGGCACUCAACACCAACCUGUCUUCUGGGAUCAGACACCCAGUGAGAGCCAGCAACCCGGACCUGAGCCGUAACGACCGCUGGGAAAGGGGCGACGCCCUGAGCGCCACGUCCAACCUGCCCCAGACGGGCUCCCUGGAGAGGCACCGCAUAUUGACUUCGUCAAAAAUGGACUCGUCCCCCGUCCUGCCCCAGGAGGGACAUCAGAAGGCCGGCGAGUCGCGCACCUCGUCCAGGCCGAGCCGUCCAGCCAGCUAUAAGAGGGCCAUAGGAGAGGACCACGGUCUGUACUCGAAGGAGCGGCUGGAGGAGCCCCCCAGGCCCCCCGCCAAGGCCAACGACUACUCCUCGUCCUCGGACAGCAGCGAGAGCAGUGAGGAGAGUGAGAGCGGCGAGGGUCCGGAGGAGGAGGAGAGCCCCACUGAUCGCCCUCGAGAUGCAGACUCCGACUCAGUGAACACCAUGGUGGUCCAUGAGGAGGAGGGCGAAGGCGAGGAGGUCCAGCAGCCUGGUGGCUAUGGGGACCAGACGAUGCUGGCACAACGGACCCCUGAGAAGCGCAGCCACAACGGCUACACCAACCUGCCAGACGUGGUGCAGCCCUCCCACUCUCCCACGGAGACCGCCCCCAACUCCUCCCCCGGGAAGGACUCCGCCUACAACUAUCAGUCCAAGGGAUUGGUCAAAGCAUCUGGCAAAACGUCCUUCACAACCUUUGUUGAUCUGGGCAUGUACCAGCCAUCAGGGGGCGCAGGAGACGUAGCCUUUUCGCAGGGCCUUGGCUCCAGGUUUGAGCAGCUGAAGGUGGAAGUGAGGAAGGGCUCCAUGGUGAAUGUGAACCCCGCCAAUGCCCGGCCCCACAGUGACACGCCCGAGAUCCGCAAGUACAAGAAGAGGUUCAACUCGGAGAUCCUGUGCGCUGCCCUUUGGGGCGUGAACCUGCUGGUGGGCACAGAGAAUGGGCUGAAGCUGCUGGACCGCAGCGGUCAGGGCAAGGUGUACCCGCUCAUCAACUCGCGCCGCUUCCAGCAGAUGGAUGUUCUCGAGGGCCUCAACCUUCUCAUCACCAUUUCAGGAAAGAAGAACAAGGUGCGCGUCUACUACCUGGCUUGGCUGCGCAACAAGAUCCUGCACAAUGACCCCGAGGUAGAGAAGAAGCAGGGCUGGACCACAGUUGGUGAGAUGGAGGGCUGCGUGCACUACAAAGUGGUGAAGUAUGAGCGCAUCAAGUUCCUGGUGAUCGCCCUGAAGAACUCGGUGGAGGUGUACGCCUGGGCCCCGAAGCCCUACCACAAGUUCAUGGCGUUCAAGUCUUUUGGUGACCUGCCCCACCGACCUCAGCUGGUUGACCUGACUGUGGAGGAAGGCCAGAGGUUAAAGGUCAUCUACGGCUCCAGUGCUGGCUUUCAUGCCAUCGACGUCGACUCUGGAAACAACUAUGACAUCUACAUCCCUGUACACAUCCAGAGCCAGAUUACGCCUCAUGCCAUCGUCUUCCUGCCAAAUUCUGAUGGCAUGGAGAUGCUACUGUGCUACGAGGACGAAGGGGUCUAUGUCAAUACCUACGGGCGCAUCAUCAAGGACGUGGUGCUACAGUGGGGCGAGAUGCCGACCUCCGUGGCACACAUCUGCUCCAACCAGAUCAUGGGCUGGGGCGAGAAGGCUAUUGAGAUCCGCUCCGUGGAGACAGGCCACCUAGAUGGGGUCUUCAUGCACAAGAGGGCGCAGCGACUCAAGUUCCUAUGUGAAAGAAAUGACAAGGUGGGGAGGAGACAUGUCAGUGUACACACACACACGCGCGCGCGCAUGCACGCUGACCCGCACACCCCUGCCUUUCAGGUGUUCUUUGCCUCCGUGCGCUCAGGCGGCAGCAGCCAGGUAUACUUCAUGACCCUCAACAGGAACUGCAUCAUGAACUGGUGAAGCAGCGCAUCCCAUCAUCCCUCCCUCUGCCUCCCCUCCCCUCCGGAGACCCCCAGCAGACUUGCGCCCGGAUUGGCUGGGGCUCACGAGGAGUACAGUGGAUGCCCUCGGCUCCCGCCUGGGCCCCUGUGCCGUUGAAGAUACGUCUUCUUCACACGCCACCAGUUGGCACACAUCCGCUGUGGCUCUGCCCUUUCCCAACACGCUUGCUGAGUUGCUUAUUGUUCCUGCUUUUUUGAUCAAAAACACUUAGACACACACACACACACAUGCUCACACGCGCACACACAAACGCAUUGUAUAUGCAGUGUGGUGAUUGGCUGUUUCUUCGCCUUGGGGACUGGGGUUCCUGGGGGCCCCACUUCAUCAUUGCUCUGAUUUCUCCUCUGGAAACCAGAAGAGAUCCAUUCUCCAUGAAAGUGACAUCUAAAGAAUAUGGGGGGGGGGGUGUUUUCACCUCCACUUCAUCCCCACCCAAUGGGGACUCGAGGGAUGCUGUAGUGGUGCCCCCUGGGGGAACUCAGAGCAAUGCUGGUUACGCCACAGGAAUGUGGCUAAGGACUAAUGCAGUCGGGGACUGAUUGCUACACCAUUUUUCUUUUCUAUUUUAUUCCACAAUAAAUAAAUAGACUGAACAAAAUGGGUUCGUUUGGACCUGGAACUACGGAAACACGUCCAGGUCUCAGUUGGGGUCAUAGACAACACGCCCUAUUAUUGAAGUUGUUAUUCUUGUUGUAGUUUUUAUUUUUUUUUGCUUUUCAACUAAAGGCACGUGACUAUGCCGAGGGCUGGUGCGUGUGUACAGCGUAGAGUCAGAUCAAGUUGCGGGUGAGCGUUUCCUAACCCUUUCUUUCCUCCUUUCCGUAAUGGAACGGUUUGUGUAAGAUCCUUUUCUCUUUGCCGUCUUGGUAUCUAUUCUAGCUGUACUUGCCGUCUGUCCUUCUAUUCCUGUAGUAAAGCUUUGGGACUUUAAAGAGGGGUGAUGCUCUAUUUUGGGGGGAGGAGCUCUGAGGGGGCAUGGACAGUGAGGUGAUUGGUUGCAUCAUCCAGGGUGGGCGGGGCUUCAGAGAGGCUCCUAGCCAAUGAGUGAUGCCUGUUGUUGCGCAAUUCUGAGUGCUCAAACUGAAUGUGGUGGGUGUAUAUAUGAAACAUGGUAAAUGUUUACCGGGCAUUUGCGGCAGGAGUUGGGCAGUGCUGGCUGGCUGCUCUUUCGGCGUUGACUUUGCACAUUGAGCGGUUGAACUUUAUUUUGUGUGGACGAGAAGACAGCCUGAACCAGUUAAACCUUGUGGACUUGUUGGCUUUUAAGCCUCGGCGUUGCAAUAUUGAGGCUGUCGGUUAUUUUGCUAUAUAUAGGUAUAUAGAUAUAUAAAUAAUUGAACAAAAUGUUGAGAAUGAAUGUGGGAAGGCGUUGGGUGACAAUCCAUAUGUGUGUGUUCUUAAUGUGGUUAUUUGUAGUUUUCUAAUACCAAGCUUAGAAUAACGAUUCAGACCAGUGCCUAAGUCUCUAAAUAGCACACACUAGAUUGUAAACAGACGUCGUCUGCGUAUUUUCUGAUUUGUGUCAACAACUAUGUGUUUCCUACGUGGCGAAUUGCUGGAGCGCAGUGUGUCUUUGCAUUGUCACAUGCUGAAAUGCACCUUAUUCCUCUUCAACACUGAGCAGAUCUUUUUUUUUUUUUUUUUUUUUUCCCCCCCACACUCCUGGAUUUUGAUGGGCAGUUUAUGGUUACCCCCCCCCCCCCCAAAUUAUGAUUUCUCUUUUUAUAUCGUGCUGAAAGUACCAGCUUGCCUUCACCCCAGGCCCCUCCAAGUUGUCGGUAGUGGCAGAGGAGUGGAGUUCAAGCUGGUGGUCGGUAGGUACAGUGCCUUGGAGCAGCACGGAUCGUCGGGGGUCGGGGGGAGUGCACUUUACCUGAUGGGCGAUAGCUGCGGUGCGUUCGUUCGCAGUGCACGGUGGUUAAAAAGAUUGAGACUCUGCCUAUCUGCUUUUUGGUGUGGUGGCUGCAGCCCCCAGCCACGGGGUUAUGGUGGUGGGUUUGGGGACGGUUCAGUCCUGCCUGUGCUCCCUUUCUGCUGCCGCUCGAUACCGUUUCACACGUAUGUAAACGGGUCGAGCGAGGUGCAAUGGAAGCCGACCCAUGAUGCUUUGCUGUGGAAGUGUUCCUGUCAGUUGUCUUCUGUGAUUCUGACGCGCGCGGUUACAGAUCAGUUCAGAAUCGCAGGCCACGUUGGCGUGUUUUAUGUACAGAGAGGUGGCUAAGUAUAGUCAAAUCAUUUAUUAAUCAUAUAGAUUUAUUUAACUGUAAAGCACAAGCAUUUAUUUCAUAGCCACUAUACUGAGGGUGUGUGUAAUGUAGCCUGGGGUAGUUUGCGUUAGUGUGUGCAUGUGUUUGUAUCUGCACGGUUUCUGACAGCUGUGAUGGAAAGGGGUCUCGGGUUCAAGCUUUCAAACCCUUGGAUGGAGUCCCAUCAGUUCGACUGACUUUUGGAAGCAGGAUUUCCACAAGUUGCUGUGUGUAGCUGUAGGGCAGAGUCGGAGAGAGACAGUCGUGUCUCAUUUCCAUAGGGAGUAGAACCUGACUGAGGGAGGGGGUACGUCGUGUUCCCAUUGUGCUCGGCUCAGCUCCAUGUGGCAAAGCACAAACUUGCUAAUUUUUCCAUAAACGGCAAAACAGGUGCCCACUGGAGUCCUGGUGAUGCCUCUCCUAGAAUUCCUCUCACCGGGCUUUGGCCCAUGGUAGUAAACCAGUUUAUGCUUCUACCAGUUCUUUUGCAUCUAGUAACUAAACAGGCUACUUGCUUUGACUGCUGUAGUAGGUGAGUCACUAACAUUUUUUUAACCAUUUUUAUAGUAUGUAUACACCCACACACACACACACACACACACAC